CACAACUUCAUUCCUAGUAUUUUCUAGGGACUCCACGGACCAUAACUCAUGGGACCGUCGCAGAGAAUGCAGUAUUCCUCAACCCAGUCACUCCGUAAGGAUGCGCAAGACAUUACUUCUUGUCUUCAUCCACGGCUUCAAGGUGCGAUCCGAUUAGCCAUGUGUCAAUGGCUUUUGCGUAUGCGCUCUUCUUGUGUCUUGCAGCUGAUCGAAAUAUCUCCAGGGCGGCGAUGAUACUUUUGGCACAUUCCCAGAGCACCUGCGAGCACUGGUCAGCCACGCUCUGCCCAACAUCGAUGUCGUCGCAGUCACCUACCCUCGAUUCGAAACCCGAGGUGACUUGAAAGAUUGUGUCGGCCGCUUCCGAGAAUGGCUUCAAAACAAAGUGAUUGAUCUGGAAGUCGCUAGGCACACCCCGUCUCCGACCAUCGAUCCCUCGGUGCAUGUUAUGUUGGUCGGCCAUUCCAUGGGCGGAAUUGUUGCUGCUGAGACUUAUUUGAUGCUUGCAAAUGAGCAGCCCAUCCCGGCAGCCGCCUCACGACAGAACCCCAGCAAGCCGAACUUUCCUUCCAACACGACCCUCGGUUCCACAACUUCCACUACACACCCAAACCCUCCUGACCCAUUCCAGGCGCAUUCCUUCAUGUUUCCUCACAUCCAGGGUAUCUUGGCUUUCGACACUCCAUACUUAGGCCUUGCACCUGGAAUGGUGGCACAUGGUCUCGAAGGUGGUCACAAGACCAUCUCGAGCGCCUACAACACGGCCUCCGAGGUCGCCUCUAUGUUCGGCUGGGGUUCCAAGUCGGAACCGAACAUCUCCUCACCGCCCAAGAGGCCUGUGGCCGCUCUUCCUGCCCCUAGCUCAUCCACCGCGGACGCUGCAGCCGCACCGAAAUGGCAAUCUUGGGGCAAAUAUGCCAUGUUCGCAGGAGCUGCCGGUGCAGUUGUUGCUGGUGGGGCAGCGGCACUAUACUCGCAACGAGAGAAGAUUAGCGCUGGAUGGCAAUGGGCCAGUGAUCAUCUUCUCUUCGUGGGCGAGCUUUUUAAGCCCGAGCACUUGCGCCGGCGGGUGGAAAAUGUGGAAGAUGCAUUCAAGGAACGCGGCGGCGGCUGCGCGAACCUAUACAGCAAUCUAGGUAGGGGCGCUCAAGAGGGCUAUGGCAUCACAGCGAGCUUGGCCGGGAAAGAGCGGACUUUCUGCAACUUGCCAGUCUUUGUCACUAAGGAUGGCAGGCAAGUCAAAGCAGAAGGCGGAGGUUUCAAAUGGUCAAAAGCCAUCAAUGACAAGGCCCGUGACGAGACGACGGCGCAUGUGUCCAUGUUCUUUCCGCGAGAUAAUCCCGGAUUCUACGCCCUCGGCGAGCAAGCAAAGACAUGCUUGGCUUCUUGGGUCGACCAGGUGUGGUAUCGCGCCAGUGACGGGCCGACCUUCUUGGGCGAAAAUCACGGUAUCAGUUUUGGCGAGAUUGGUGAUGGGUGGGAAAAGCCUGAUUAUGAUGCGGAGGAGGUCAAAGCCAAAGAACGAGAACGAGAUCGAUAUGGGGCGGCGUACCCAAUUGAUCCCGACCUUGCUAAGGGCUGGGAUUCAGUGGCCAAAGACGACGGUAUGGAUUCAGACGCUGAUAACGACGUCCGAAUGCGUGAUGAUGGUCUUGAAGACGAAGAGCUCGAGGAUAGUGUCAUUGUCGACAAGGCUGCGGACGGGAAAGUGCCCCUGCCGAAAACGCGAGGCAAUACAGGGCUAUGAUAUGAGACUCUGAGGAAUGGGAGAAAGAGGCUAUGGAAAAAGAUGAGAUGAGAAUAAACGACUUUUAAUGAAUACGAUAAACAUAACGGGUCAUAAAGUUGGUCAGACGCUGGGGGAUCAAGAAACAUCGAUCGGGCAGGUUUGGACGAUGUUAAAGACCAGUAGGGUUUCUUCGUGUCGACUGUCACUGGCACCUAUGCCCCAAUGGCAAGAAUACCUUGGCCCUGCGGCUAGAUAAGAACAUACUCGUACAACUACUAAAGUGCUGAACAUAUUUGUGCG